AUGGAUGCGGAGGAUCCUAGACAGUCCUCCACUCACUAUUUUCAUCGUGGCAAACCUGCCGAAAAUUUCUUACGUUUUUGUCUUCUGACCGUGCCCAUUUGUACCGACAUAUUAAGAGACGUCCUAAGUCGUUACAUUAAACCUGCUGACCUCCGAUCAGAGCUUGAUAAAAACAGACACAGACUGGAAAAAAUCAUGAACACUGAACAGAAGAAACUAAUCUAUCCAGCUAACGGAAACAAAGCACUGGCAGCCAAACACUUGGAUAUAAGUGUAAUGUACAUCAUUCUACGGAACAUUUGCAAUAUUCCUAAUCACCAAAAUGGCUGGGGAAAUCCACCAAAGACAGGUGAUAACAGUAUAGCUGCCUGUAUAGAGAGGAUACGAAUACGAAGGAAUGAGGUUUCAGCACACAAUACAAACGGUGUGAUGGAGGAGACAGAAUUUAAUAAUCGUUGGACUGAACUAGAGGAGACUGUUCUUGAAAUAGAGAGACAACUUACUGGUGGAAAUUUGUAUGAACGGGGAGUAAGGUAUUUUUUAAGGUGCGACCUUAAUUUUGGACAAGCGGAAAAGCCGAUUCAUGUUGAACAUCCUCAAGGCGGCUUAGAUCUGUUUUACGACGACAGGGGUACGGGUGUGAUAUUUGCAGCGUUCUUUAAUGAGUUAGCAGAAAAAAUCCCUGCGACAAAAAUAAAUCAACUAAAGAAUUUCAUUGAAAAUACUUACAGAGUUGACAAUAUGGCAUCUUUAGAGCAAGCAAAUACAGUGAGUGCCUGCUUGAAGUUUCUGAAGAAGGAAAAGCUUUUCAUUCCAUCCGACGUGAUUUUUAUGCAGUAUUUGAUGAAGAAAAUAGAUUGUCUAGACUUAUUUGAAAAAUGCUACGAAUAUGCAGAAGCUCAAAAGGCAUUGUGCUUUUACGAAAAACCACCGGAAAACGGAUUUAAAAACAUUCAGGUUCACGUCCUUGGAAACCUGACUGAAUAUAAUUCAGAACGAAUAGAAAAAAUCAAAGACACCGUUGCUGCCAUAGUGGGAUGUAUGUCAAAAGAAAUUGUGGUUGGAGGAUUUUCUCAUUCAAAUAGCUUUUUUUUAGCUUUAGCUAUAAAAGACACCUACUACAGAAAACUUUUAGGUAUGGGGCAACAGGACAAGGAAAAACUGAGACAACUGAACAUCGACUUUCUAAUCGUUGACUUAAAUGUAAUUUUCCUUGACCACUGGAAAGAAAUCGAAUGGAAAACAUAUUGUAAACCACUAUCCCCAAGUCAAGACAUGAUUGAGCAGCUUAACCAGGAAGAAGGAGAAAAAAUAAAAGCAACAAUGCCAGCUAAAGAACAUCCUAGGUUGAGAAAACGAUAUGCCGUUGCUAUGGAUCCUAAGCGUCCAGUGCCCAGCCAGAGGCAAGACCAUGGCGGUAAAAAAAAGAAGACUGAUGAAGAUCGAUCACCGUUGGACAAUCCAAGCAUAUCUGGUACAUGA